CACUUCUUUUCACUUUCCUUUCCUUCCAUGCAUUAUAGCACCGUUGUACUCGAAGAGGAAUAUACUGGCUUUGGGAAAUCUGAUGCCUUGUCAGAAUCUCAGCUCCUUUGGUUGCGACAAAAUGAUCAUGGCAUGGAUGCUUAUUUUCCAUCGUUGGACACCUGUUACCCAAACCCCGCAAAUGUAUGGCAUUCGACUGUAGACCAAGGUUUUGACCCAACAUUUGCUUGGAAUGCUAGUGGAUGCGACUUUAUACACGAUGUAGAGGUCAUUUCUCCGGCUUCUUUGAUGCAUAGCUCAGCUUGCGCUUCACCCGUAUCAGGAGGCUUGCCAUCCUUAUGCGAUACUGACACGGCCACGGAAUACCAUAGUGGGAAUGUUACACCUGUCUUGAUGGAUGCAAACUUCUGUCAUCGUUCACAGUCCCCAAUGACACAAAUGAAGUUUGAACAGCUCAAUGGCCAAUUCAAUGCGAGACCGUCUCGAAUGGACAUCAUGCCUCAUAGAGAAAUCUGGCCAACAAAUGAAAUGGCUUAUCAUCCUUAUGACCCUACAUUGCACGCCCAACAAGCAGAACUCGAAAAAGCCAACGUAUUACCAAGUACUCCUAAAAGCUUACCGGAACUCCAAGAUUCUGCCUGUAACUCACCCAAGACCGCCUCCCAGCACCGCCCCCUGGAGUCUGAGCCUGCCAGCCCUACUCCACGUCUAAAACGAUCACUGUCUGACAUCGAUGCUGCCGAUGACCUUGAAUGUGACUUUAAGCAAGACGAUGAAGACGAGGAAGAAGAUGAGUAUGAGGAAGAUGUUGAAGAAGAGGAUGAAGAUGAAGAUGACGGUAGCGACGAUUACGAUGAUGCAGCUCCUACUAAGCGCAAAGCAAGUCGUGUUCAAUCUAUGGCUGGAAAGAAAACUCGUAAAAACUACAGCAAGGACAUCACUCGUGUCUUGAUGAACUGGUACUUGACCAAUAAUGGUCUUCUCCCCGAUCAAGAAACUAAAACAACGUUGGCAGGUCUAACUAACAAAACUUCCAUUCAAAUCUCUACAUGGUACCAGAAUGCACGCAGGCGUCAUCAUCUUAAGCUCAGACGUUUCCAAACCCUUCAUGCUCAAAAUCCUAAUGUUGUCUUUGACUACGAAAGCCUUAUGUCCUACUUGAAAGAUCAAAAAGUCAAGCACAUGAAGCGAGCGCAAGAACCUAAGCGAUCUCGACGACGCUUCAAUUGAAGGAAAUCCCUUUACACUGUACCUAUGAUCAUCUCUUGCUCAACGGCUUUUUUUUUUUUGGCUUGCUCAAAAUCCCUUCAAAGAAAACUUACAGAAAAUGGAAAGGAAAUACCGGCUCCUGUUGAUGCGCUUUUGAGAAACGCCAACACUUUCACUCAUCUCAUUUCACUCAUACAUACAACA